UGCCUCUCUAUUCCCCCACACCUCCGCGUCUUCUUGCCCUCCGGAUUUGCCUUGCCUUGCCUGUGCCUCUUGCUUCCAGCUGGACACCAUGCGGCUCAAUGAGUCAACCCUUGUCGUGGGGCAGCAUGUCUGCCUGGUCCCGUAUCUCCGCGAGCAUGUGGCCACCUAUCACCAGUGGAUGGGCGACCCAGAGCUGCUGGAAGCCACGGCCUCCGAGCGGCAGUCUCUGGAGAGCGAAAUGGAAAACCAACAAAGCUGGCACGCCAAUCCCGAUAUCCUGACUUUCAUCAUCAUUGACAAGGCCCAGAUGCUUGCCACUCCGGUGGCCAAACGCACAGUCACGUCUGGCAUGAUUGGCGAUAUCAAUGCCUUUAUCCAGCCGGAUCGGCGUUUUGAGGCCGAGUUGUCGGUUAUGAUUGCCGAGCCGACCGCCCGGCGGAAGGGCUUUGCCCGCGAUGCGGUCCUCACUUUCCUUCGGUACUGCAUUGAGCAUCUGCGCAUCUCCCACAUUAAGGCCAUUGUCGAUGACAGCAAUCCCGCAUCUUUGCGCUUCUUCGAGAAGCUCCACUUCCGUCGAGCGGCCUACACUCGUGCCUUCCAAUCGUGGACUCUGGAGCGCGUGAUCUCGGAGCGUCUGUGCCACAGUGACGGCACCCCCCUCGAGGCGGGGGAGCCCCCGUCCGAUGGCGAUGCUCCAGAGGAGGAAGAGGAGGACGCCUUUGCCUUCAUCCAAGUAUCAGCCUCCGUCAACGAGGGAGAGGAGGACACUCCCACCGGGCCACCCUGUGGGACGCCCCUUUGCCCGGAGCCCGAGACCUCGGAGGCUAUCGCGGCUUGGCGUGAGGAAGUCCUGCUGGCUGAGACGGCUCGGCACUUCCUCGUGGCGCCGGUAGACCAAUGGAUUCGGGACAAUUGAUUGGCGGAGUAAAAGGGCCCCUGCGCAGGGGCACCUCAACGAGGAGCUUCGCCCUGUUCGCCUUUUCACAUGCCCCCUUUUUGCACCCAACUCUGGCUGUACCCCCAUUCGCCCUCUCCGGGCGAUGCUUAAAUAGAGCACCAAAAAGAGGGCAAGAGAGAA